AUGGAAUACUUUAUCGAUGAAGAAAAAUAUUUUUAUUUGAUUUUAUUGCACAUCAUCAUAGCCAUUUGCAUUGCGUCGAUUGUAACAGUAGCAAUUGGUACAUUGUGCAUUACGUUUAUUCAACAUAUCUGUGGAAUGUUUAAAAUUGCUAGCUAUCGUAUCGAGUAUGCAAUAAAUAUCAACAUUCAACAAAAUGUUAUGUUGAAAAAUAAGAUCUGGAUGAUCAAGGGCGUAAUUUAUGCUGUAGAUAUUCAUCGGAAAGCUAUUAAAUUGUUGAAGCAUUUUACAUCUACAUUUGAGAAAAUGAUAUUUACUUUAAUCAUCCUUGGUGUAGCUUGCUUAAGUUUUAAUUUAUUUCAAGUAAGUUAUUUACAACAUGUAAUUAUGUAUGCGAAAUGUUCCAAAAUUAUUAACAAUAUUGUUCAGUAA